AUGUACCAAGCUAGCGACCAGAGCCUAUACACCACCUCAACAUCUGCAUCAGCAACGUCUACAUCCUCAUCGUCUACAGCUUCAUCCGCCACGUCUUCGGCAGCUUCGUCAAAUACACUUUCCGGUGGAGCAAAGGCAGGCAUUGCGAUUGGGUCAGUCGUUGGGGCACUGUUACUGCUUGGUGUCGGUUUAUUCUUUUGGCGCAGCUACAGAAAAAAGCGGCGGCUAGAGGAAGGCGGUACUCAAGGUGCCAUGCAAGCACAUGAGCUGGAUUACAAUAUGGCAAUGAGGCCGGUGCCAAUACCGAUCGAGUUGGAGAACAGAAAUGCGGGGUCGCAGCUUGGAGGGAAACCUGUACUGAAUACUAGGACACCUGAGCUGGAGUGA